UGGCCUGCGGCGGACGCUUGCAUUCAGCUGUUUGUAAUUUAUUUGCAAGGACCGAAACUGCGUCAGAAUAAUAAUAAAUACAGAGACUUGGCCAUGAAAACGGAGUCCAACGAGAAGUGGGUGGUGUGCCGCGUCUGCCUGAACAAUCCCGGCGAAGGCGAAGACCCCCUCCACGAGAUAUUCAGCCAGACAGCCAGCACUCGCCUUGACCAAAUGCUGCACAUAUGCGCAGGCAUCCCCGUCAGCCUGGACGACAAAUUCCCGGACAAGAUGUGCAGCAAGUGCGUGCGCUGCCUGCGGCUGUGCUACAAGUUCCGUCUGACCUGCCAGCGAUCCCACCAGCACAUCAUGGACAUGCUACUCCGGGAGGCCAGUAAUUCCAGUGCCGCCGGCGACGAUGAUAUGCUUAACCUCUCGGACGACCUGACGGUGGAGAGCGUGGUCAAGACUUGGGAGGAGGACGCCAGCCAGAUGGAUGGCGGUUUCAAGGUGGAGGAGAGUGAUUUCCAACCGGAGGAGCAACAGCAGCAGCAGGUUAUCACUUAUGUUAUGGAGGAUGCCGAUGGUGGCGAUACUAUUAUGUUUGAUGAGGAGGAUCCCGACCAAGCGGUCUUUGAUGGGGAGCAGAAUGUGAUUGAGGAGGGGGAUGCAGUGUACGAGGAGUAUGAAUUGCUCACCAGCGAGAACUCGACUGAAAUCAGCCAGGAAAAUCCCUCUAGCCUUACAAAGCUGGCAACAGAAGGAUGUCCCUAUGACGACUUGACCGAAGACAUACUCAGCUCCGAUGAAAGUUAUGUCCCCGAGGGCAAGCCAGCGCCUACAAAGUCGUCAAGUCGCAAGCGAUCGAGCAGGAAGAUAGCUCCAGUCCGUAAGAACAGCCCAGAGGAUGAGCCCGCUAAAAAGAAGCUGGGCAGAAAGCCACGCAACAAGCUGACCCCCUACAUCUGUGACGUGUGCGGAAACAUCUAUCCCACUCAGGCCCGUCUCACGGAGCACAUGAAGUUUCAUUCCGGCGUAAAGCCGCACGAGUGCGAGAUCUGCGGACGAGGCUUUGUCCAGAACCAGCAGCUGGUGCGCCAUAUGAAUACGCACACCGGAAACCGUCCCUACAAAUGCAACUACUGUCCAGCUGCCUUCGCCGACAGAUCCACCAAAACCAAACAUCAUAGAAUUCACACCAAGGAGCGUCCCUACGAGUGCGAUGUUUGCUCUAGAACCUUUACCUACUCGGACAAUCUGAAGUUCCAUAAGAUGAUUCACACGGGCGAGAAGCCGCAUGUCUGUGAUCUUUGCGGCAAGGGCUUUGUGAAGGCCUACAAGAUGCGAUUGCAUCGUGGAACGCACGAGAGACGCGGUCAAUUUAGACCUGAUGUGGAGAUCAGCCCCGAGGGAGAAGCAGUCAAGGAGGAGGCGCCGGAAUUUCUCAGCUAACUACCCCCAGGAUACUUAACCAAAUAAGGGCAUUUUCUUUAUGUUGAUAUGGAUAAGACACUUUAGUUUUAGGAUUGAAUGCCAUUGUUAUAGCUCUUCCAUUAAACAGUGUAAGCUUGGAUUUACAUUUAAAAGCCGAGUUUUCACGUUGAAUAGUGAAAUGGUGAAAUUUUUCAUGUAUAUAGUACA